GGCGGCGGGUCGGGCGGCCGCGGGGCUGAGGAGCGGGCAGGAGGGGAGGGCGCUGCCGAGAUGCCGCUCUUCGCCCCCAACCCCUUCGAGCAGGACGUGGAAAAGGCUACAAAUGAAUACAACACCAGUGAGGACUGGGGUCUCAUUAUGGAUAUAUGUGACAAAGUUGGAAGUACUCCUAAUGGAGCAAAGGAUUGCCUUAAAGCCAUCAUGAAGAGAGUAAACCACAAAGUUCCCCAUGUGGCUUUGCAAGCGCUUACACUUUUAGGAGCCUGUGUAUCAAACUGUGGAAAAAUAUUUCACUUAGAAGUAUGUUCUCGUGAUUUUGCCAGUGAAGCUCGAAGUAUAAUAAAUAAGGCUCAUCCGAAAGUGAGUGAGAAGCUAAAAACCCUAAUGGUGGAGUGGUCGGAGGAAUUUCAGAAAGACCCUCAAUGUAGCUUAAUAUCUGCAACAAUUAAAUCUUUAAAAGAAGAAGGUGUAACCUUCCCUGCAGCUGGAUCACAGGCUGCCACAAAUGCUGCUAAGAAUGGUUCCUCGUUAAGUAAAAACAAAGAAGAUGAAGAUAUAGCUAAAGCUAUCGAAUUGUCCUUGCAAGAGCAGAAACAGCAACAAAUGGAAACUAAAUCCUUGUACCCAUCUGCAGAAAUCCAGCAAAACAAUCAGAACGCCAGGAAGGUGCGAGCUCUGUAUGACUUUGAAGCUGUCGAGGACAAUGAGCUCACCUUUAAAAGUGGAGAAAUUAUUUUUGUUUUGGAUGACAGUGACACCAAUUGGUGGAAAGGUGAAAAUCACAGAGGAGUAGGACUGUUCCCAUCUAAUUUUGUGACUUCUGACUUAACUGUGGAACCCGAGGCAGCAACUGUGGAUCAAAACUCUGUUCCCGAGGAUACUGCAGAAGAAGUUAAGAAAGUAGAACCUGAGCCAGUUUAUAUAGAUGAGGAUAAGAUGGAUAAAACACUGCAGGUACUUCAGAGUAUAGAUCCUACAGAUUUAAAGCUUGAUUCUCCAGAUCUUCUAGACUCAGAAGAUAUUUGCCAACAGAUGGGUCCAAUGAUAGAUGAAAAACUGGAAGAGAUAGAUAGGAAACAUUCGGAAUUAUCGGAAUUGAAUGUGAAAGUUCUAGAAGCUCUGGAGCUCUAUAACAAACUGAUGAAUGAAGCCCCCAUGUAUUCAGCCUACUCGAAGCUCCACCACCCUGCACAAUACCCACCUACAUCUUCAGGCGUUUCGGUGCAGUCGUACCCCGUGCAGCCACCCAGUGGGAACUACAUGAUGCAGGGUGUCCACCAAGUCAGCAUCUCCCCAGGCUACAGCCUAGGACCUGACCAGAUGGGGCAGCUGAGGUCUCUGCCUCAAAGUAUCAAUUCUUCUGGAGCAGCUCAGCCAGCUCAAGCUGCGUAUUUAAGAUGUGGUUUGUCUCGUUGCAGCCCAGGACCGGAUUCUGUGUUGAACCAGCCGUACGUGACCCAGAGCCCUGCCCUUCCCUCGGCCGCCGGCGCCGCGAAUUACAGCCCUCAGCCCCUGGGGCUGGCGGUGGAGAUGGCAGCCUACCAGAACAACACCUCCACUCUGCCCCAAGGACCAGGCUACCCCCUGGCAGUUCCACCUCAUUCCCUCCUGCAGCAACAAACCAAUUACCACCAACAGCCUCUCCUUUAAAACCAAACCGGCUCCCGUGGCUGAAUUAGUCAAUAAAGGUUGCCUGACCUAAAACGAUUUCCAUGAAAACCUGUCACGGAUAUCAAACCACAUUUUCCUUUUAAAUAACCCAACUUUACUGAAUUGGGGUGAUGCUGGGUAAAAAUAUGCAUCAGACCUGUUUGUUAAGCCUUUGCGUAAAGAUAGCUUGAACUAGAUUAGCUGAUGGUUUCAGAUAAUUUCAGAUUACUUUGAGCCCUUACUUCAGUGGUUUCAAGAAACGCCGCUUGCAAAUCUUAAGUUAAAAUAUUGUCCAGAAAAAGACUUUUUUCUUUCAAAUGUUUUUUUCUGAAAACUUGAGGAUGCUUAAUCCCUGUUACGCGUUGCUCUUGUUAUGCGUUGCCUCCUCCGGUAUCUUAACUUUCCAAGUGGCUUUAACGAAUCUCCGCUGAUUUAUUCGCCGCCUUCUCUCCCCGCUGCCGUAGCGAGCGCGACGUGGGAUUGGAACAACUGCACGGGGUCAGGAGAGGAGAGAGGGGAGAGGAAACAAUUUGAUAUUGUGACAGUGUGUACCUACAGAAACGUGAGAGAGGAGAUUUUUACAGUGCUGCCCGUUAGGUUUUUGGGGAAACUACGGAGACCUCCUGCUGCGUUUCUCUUGAAGGAAAGAGUUUUGCUGGAACUGGCUUGUGUUUCUCCGGCGGAGGCGGCACCGCACGCACAAGUCUCCUCUGCGAGAUGCUCCCAGCUGACUGUGUGGGCUCUCUCUGGAUACAAGGUGCUCAGCCAGAAACUUGUACGGCUCCGCUUUCCUUUCCCUUUUCGGAUGUGUUUAGAAGUGAAGGAGUAUUGUGGUUCCUUGGGGUGAAGGAGGGGGCUCAGGAAUGUUUGAAGCUUAAGACUGUGAGAAUCUGCCUUGUGGAACAGGAAUCGUCUUUAUGGGACCAGGAGGUUCUUGCCUCUCUUGGAUUUCCUUUCUCUGCCACCCUUUCCAUGGCUAGAUGAAUGCCAAUUGCGGUCAGAUAAACCAUUAAACCAUUUAGAAAAGGUGUAUUUAAGAUCCAAUCUGUACAGGCAGGA